AUGGAUGUGUUGGACGCAAGAAUCGUAGCAAACAGAGUUGGCAAUAGAAGGAGGAGAGUAUUGGAAGCCAUGGAUGUUCCUCGCAGUUUUGGAGGCCACUGUCACAAGGAAGUACAGGAGUCUCUGGUAGCCCAAAGCUCUAGCUCAAAGUCAGAUCAGUUUACUUGGAAGAGUUUAUGGGCUCUGACUGUUCCAAAUGCUGUGAAGACUUUUUCUUGGAAGGCAUGUUAUGAGGCGCUUCCUAAUAAGGAAAAUUUGCGGAAAAAAAAGGUUUUAGAGGAUACCAGUUGCCCUUUCUGUUUGAGGGAAAAAGAAACAUUAAUUCAUGCAAUUUGGGAUUGUCCUGCUGCUCAAGACAUGUGGGGGUGUAAUUUAUCUCCUUUCCAAAAAUGUAGCUGGGAGGUCUUUUCUUUUCGGGAGCUUUUUGAGCGCAGUAUCUAUAGCUUUGAUAAGGAUAAAGUGGAAUUAUUGGUCUAUGUGGCCCGAGCUAUUUGGUUCAGGAGGAACAAAACGUUGUUUGAAGGGUUUUUUACACACCUAGAUGAAGUCUUUUAUGGUGCCCUCAAAGCUUUGGCUGAAUACAAAGAUUGCCAACAGAUGGAGUUUCCACACAAUUCAAGUGCUUCCAACCUGAAUCAAAAUGCCCAUCGUGCUGUUUGGUGUCUCCCUCCUUCAGGCUUUAUCAAAAUAAAUUGGGAUGCUGCUAAAAUAAAGGCUGAUGCUCAUCUUGCAGAGACUAUUGCAGCAUUAGGAGAGGUAAAAUUCAGUACAGAGGCUGGUUUUUUUGACGCCAUUUGUGAAUGGGAUGCAACAAAGGUUGUAGCAGAUAUUAAUUCCGAGCCUCCCUACCUUUCUAAUACUAGCCAUUUCAUUGAGAAUAUUCAUAUGGAGAAAUUGAGGCUUCGCUCUUGUCUUUUUGUUUUUGCUCCUAGAGAGGCGAAUUUGGCAGCCCAUACUCUAGCAAAAGAGGCAAUCUGUAAUAAGAAUUAUAUGUGUUGGCUGGAGGAUGUUCCUAGUAAUAUUUCCAGCAUUGUUUUUAGGGAAGCUUCUGUAUCCCUAGAUCCCUAG